CAAGUCCGGUCAUAUGGGCAAUAUGGACAUCAUCAGCUGUCUCUGUGGCGUCGGUGGAAUUUCUCAUUAAUUCCGAUCACAGCAGCGAUUUUGCGAAGCACGUAUGCGUCAGAUUUGGACGGAGGAUGUCUGCCGACGCCCUCAAGUUGCUCUGCAGCGGCACCAAGCUUGAGCGAGAUCGCGGUCUGCAAGAAAUCCAGCGCUACUUGUCGUGCGCGAAGAGCGCUGACAUCAGGAGCCUUGAAGCGACACUUCUCGGAAUCCUCGAAGAUCCCACGUCUCCGUGGGAAUCGAAACUCGGCGCUCUUCUCGGCAUCAAAGCCCUCGUCGUCCACCUCCGGUCGGCCCAGCAUCUCUGCGACAAGGAUCUCCCCGAGAAGAUAGCGAGAGUAUCCUUGGAACUUUUGUCCCAUCCCGAAGUUCGCUUGCGGCUUGAAGCAGGACAAGUCUUGGGCGUCCUAUGUGCCAACGAGGGGGUAAAGAUCUACGAGAAAUGUUGCAGCCGCCUUUUUGAGCUCAUUGAAUCCAGCCUAGAGAGGGAAAUAUCCGAAGCCGGAACACCCGUACAGGAUGGGCAUCGGGAAGAAGAGCAAGAAAUGUCGAGUGCUGCACGUAUCCUCCUGAACACAGCUGGCUGGCGACACCUCGAGACUAACGUCAAGUGCCUUCAGUCAAUGGUCGAGGGCUGCGGGUCGAGCUUUGGGCCCUUCGUCGACCCGAAGAUCUUGGAGCUGCUCUUCAGAACGGCGCAGCACGUGAGCCGCUUCGUGCGGGAGACUACAUUCUACGUCGUGUCUUCUCUCGUGGCCUGUUGUGCAGCCGUCGGACCGAGCAAUCCGUUUUCAGCGGACCACCUUGGCCACCGAGUGAGUAGGUGUCUGGCCGUCGGACUUGCCGACAACUGGAGUCAGGUUCGCCUUGCAUCUUCGGAGGCCACGCGCAAGUUCCUGCUGUCCUUUUCGGAAAAGGACCGAGAGCCAUUCUUUCCCGAGCUCCUGCCUCAGAUGUGCCUUAAUCGAUACUACACAGCGGAUGGAGUCAGGAUCUACUCACAGGAGACGUGGCGCCGCAUCGCCAAGACGGAAGGACGGGAACUGGUGCAGAGGCACAUCACGCGUGUGGUGGAUUACUACAUCUCUCAGACUUCGGCCGAGAAUCACGCCAUCAGAGAAGCCGCAUGUGCCUGCAUCGCCGAACUAGCCUCCAAGAUUAACCAAGAUGCUGUGAGACCUUUCGUACCAAAACUUCUCGACACGCUGGUCGUCUGCUUUCAGGACGAGUCCUGGGCCGUCAGAGAUGCGGCCUGCCUUGCCUGCGGGAACUUUCUGCUCUGCUAUCCUGAGGAGUCAAAGAGCUCUUUGAAGGCGCUGUACCCUCUCUUCUUCGACAACCUCCAGGACUGCAUCCCCUCUGUGCGGCAGGGGGCGGCUUCUGCGCUGGGGAACGUUGCGAGGGCCUAUGGUACGGAAGCACUCAGCGUGCUCCAGGCCAAGGUCCUGGCAGGCCUGGAAGGGGUGAAGCAGCAGCCGAAGGAAACGCUCCACUACCAGAGGGCAGAGUGGGGCAACAGCAUCCAGACCCCAGCCAGCAGCAUCAAGGCGGCCAGGGACAACGACCCGGCACUUCACACCAAUCUGCAGACCUACUCUUGUGAGAGUCUUCAGCCAAAGCCUGGGCUGUGCAUGGACUGGAAGUACCGCAAGCCACCGGAGCCGUGGGAACUGGCAGACGGGUGCAUCCACCUGGUGGCGGAACUGUCGCAGAUUCCACAGGCAUCUGCCAGCGUGGUUCAGUGCAUGCCGACACUCGCGGAAGCGGCCCGUCAUAGGCAUUACAUCCACCACGUGGCGCUCCUCGAGACGCUGUGCAAGCAGCUCCCCAACAUAGUGAAGGGCGUCGGCAAACGGGCAUUCCGGCCACUCCUCGAGCCUUUCUUGGACUCCAUCUUCUACAGUUUGAGCUGCGAGAAUGCGCUGACCUCAAGCGCUGCUAGCCAGUGCCUGAACCAGCUGUCAAGCCUGCUGGGUCCGUCUAUUCUCAGGGCCAGGGUUGAGCAGUGGAACCCCAGGUACUUGGAGCAGCUCGAUGCCAACCUCCACAUUGCCGGCCUUUGAAGGGGUCGGACAAGGUGUCCACCUCUAAUUGGGACAGAUACGACCGGAAGGAAUGUUACCACUCCUUUCUUCAUUUGCUGUGAUGUUUUCCGCGUUAAUUUUUCUACUUUUCCACCUCUGCAGCGAGUUUUCCGCUGCCUAUCCCAGGCAGCAGAUACCUUAGGUGGAAUGAAUGUACCUGCUGUUCACAUCCUACUAUAUGCGGUAUACCUAUACUUGAUUUUGUCGUCGCUUUCGGCAGCUAAGCUCCGAAACAAAAAGCGAGCCAAAGGAUAGACUGAAUCGAUGCGAGUGUACUGCAAAUGAAUUGCUUCAGUCUGAGAGAUAAAAACGCGAAGGACAAGGACACACAACCACUCCCUAUCAAAGGAGAGGGGUCAUCUGUCGUCGUCGUCUUUUGUGUUUUUCUGUCUUUUAAACUGAAGUGAAGGAUCAGCAAAUGUAAUACAGUGCAAUCCACUUAUAACGACAAUGAGAAAACCCAAAAAUUCAAUCUUUAUAACCGAUUAUCAAAGUAUCUCAACUAGAAACCGAGCCUAGAAACUCUUGAAAGUGAUUGUUGUAACCACUACAUCGUUAUGGCUGGUAUUGUUAUAACUUAUGAGUGGACUGCACUGUAGUAUUUUGUUGCGACAUGAAUGUUCAGUUUGCUUUCUGCGAUAUCCAAGGUUUAAUGUCAUCAUUCAAUACCGUUUGACCCAUUUACAACAAACGAGCAGCUGUGGGGAUGCUACACAUUUUGUGUGAGUCUUGUCACACACAAAACGUCGGUCUACGGGUCUCAUUAUCAAUCAAUAUGUUCACUAAUUUGGAGAGAUUAGCACUAGUGGGUACAUCUUCUAUUCUGCGUGACAAAGCUCUUGUGAUCAGUGUCAGUGGGGAUGGUGGAAACCUCGUUUGAAGGUCUAGUGGUCCAGAGAACAAAAAGGGGUUUGGAAUCAAACCAGCUUCUGAACCCAUAGGGCCGAUUGACCACUUCUACAAACUUCAGAGUUUGGUGAUCUUUGUGCAGAUUCCACAAACCUUGGAACCUUCGAACCUCGAUCGUGAAGUUCAGGGUUUGUUUUCAAACUAUUGCGAAAGGUUAGAGAAAUCUGGACCCUUCUCAACUUGAACCUCGCAAGAGGCACGGUUUGUAAUCGCCGCGCACUAUGCCACGUCGCCAUGCAUUUUUCAUACACUCCUUUUAUCCAGAAAAAUAUAGAAAGACAAAAUUAAUUGUGGAUAUGGGACCUUUUAUUUUACGAUGGACUGCAGUUGACGCUACGAGGCAUCUCAGUUCAUCCAGCGCUAAAAAUACAUUACAUGACUGCGUUCCCUGCUUGUCGCUGCACCUCUCCCGAAGUUUGUGCAACGCUUGCACUUUAUUGGACUAUGAUGGCUCGUUCGCUCCCUUGCUGUGGUUUGUUACAAAAUAGAAAUCGUGGGAUAAUACCUAGACCGUUGUCAAAAGUGCCUGCCAUCUAGUAGCUGGUUUGCCGAUUAUCUGAGGCUAUCAUAUUCUGGGCGUGCACUCUGAGCAUGUAUUGGACAGAAGUGCCACGUCAGGAUUCGAUGUGAACUCGCCUCCCUUCGGGUGCUUCAUGCUGAAACUGAUGCCAAAAAUACGGCGACUGCUAUUGUUGUUUAAACGAGGUUUCGUAAAGUGUCUGUACUAGCAAAAUUGAGGCUGGCCGCGUUAUGUAAGUCAAAUUUAUCUAUCCUUGUGGAUGACCUGGCCGGUCGUAAAAUUGAAAAGCAAAAAGUUCAGCGCUGGUACGAGCGAAGGAACAUAAUUGAUCUUUUGACUACACAGGAUAACUAAUACUAUAAUGAACUUAUUUUAUGUAACAGGUUUGUUAUAAAUGGGUUUUUGUCUGUAGUCCCGAUUCACUUACACGAGAGUUUGGAGAGUUUCUGCAUAGGACAUUGGGGACGCGCAACCUGUUUUGUAGGUGCGUCUUCAGUGUAAAUGUGUAAACUGGAAAAACAAGUUUGCUUUGGUGCCUCCCAAGAAGAUCAUUUUUUACUUAGUCGAGAGCCUCCUCUGCAAGAGUUCUCUUUUGCGUUUUUGUUCCAGAACUAAUUGCAGUGAUGGAAGUGUUGCACCAUUUGUGCCAAAUUGCAUCGUGUACGAACGUCUGCUACGUCUUGCGCCAAAAUGCCAUUUUUGCUAAGAAUUGCGCCACCCUUGCGCCGAGAUGGGCUUAAACAAAGCAAACAAUAAAAAUAUUUUAUUGGUCGAUUUUAUUAUUCAGACAAGUAGAAGUAAAGGAAAAUGGUAGUACAAAUGUAUUUCACAGCGUCUAUACUCAAUUGUAUAGGUUGUUUCAUCUUAGGUCAGAGCACAGUCGUAGGCUCGAAAACAUACAACCGCGAAAGCUUACUAAAAGCUGAAAUGGCGAGGCAUCCGCUGGGGCACUUAAUUGAUUUAACCAAUAAAAGAAUACGCACGGAAAGAUUAUGAAUGCCAUGAUGUCGUGUUUUUGACACUGUUCGAUUGGUCUCAUUGGCUCAUAGCGUCGGCUACGCUCUGGCUUGCCCCGUCAUCGGCUGAAUUUCCUAACGAUGUCGGCAAUGUCAGGAACUAAAAGUCGCGAAACAAUUUUGAAAAGUAGUAUAUUUGAAUAAAUAUUGUAGUCAAGUUAGCUCAUGUGCAGCUGUCAAGGGCAGCUGACUCCACUCUGGUCCCAACGUCGGAAUAGUGCAGUGUAACUUAAGCACAGCUGUGGGUUUUCAUAAUAUUGGUGGGUGGUUGGUUUUGCAGUUUAUGAUAUUAGAAUCUUUAAUUUGGUAUGUUCUUGAAACAUGGGGUGACAUUUUUAUUGCUAGGCGUACUUAGCGGAUAUUCUGUUAUUUGCCGGCAUUUCACAGGAAUUAUGUAAAAUGUAAAAGGGGGAGGGGGAGAGAGGCUUAAUCUCAAUGGAAGUAUUGCAUUAUGCUUCAUUUUUAAAGUAUUUCUUUUAAUAUUUAUUGUAAAUGGAACCUACUCUUACCUCAGCCCUUAUGAAAAAAGAAAGCUGUGUGCUUCUUUUGUAUUUCAUCUAUUAUUACACGUAGCCGAGAUUUUUUUUUU